GACUUGGAAGAUGGUGGUGAUACCGGUCUGUUGGAGGGACCUUUGGGAGUAGACAUGGGCAUAAGCCGAGCCAGGCUCAGCUCGGCUCGUCCACGGGUCACCAAACAUCCCUGGCUCGGCUCGCAUUUCUGUGGGCGAGCCAGGGCUGGCUCGACAGCGAGCCGGCUCGGCUCGGCUCGCCUAGCACGCGCUUAAGCCUACAGUAGUGCGCGCUUGAGCCUACGCAAGUGCGCGCUGUUAAAAGUGGCGCGGGCUGCUUAAGAUUCAUUGCGCUACUCCUAGGCACGCACGGAAUUCUAGGGUUUGCGGAAUUGACGGAAAGUAGAUUGUGAGGAGGAAGGAGGGUGUUAGAAGAUAGGUUGGAAGUCGUAGAUGCAAUAGUGUGCAGUGCGGUUGAGCGAGGCAAAAGGGUUUGAUGGGUUUUUUGGUUGUCAAAGUUUGGGAUUGCGACUUGGCGCAAUGUCUGGUUGAAUUCGCCAGGUCGCAAGCAAUGUCGUGGGAAAACAUUCCGCGUCAAACAUUUUGGGUGGGCGACAAAGUCCAAGGUGGAGGGGAGUGAAGGUGAGGGAGGAGGAGGAGAGGCCACAUACUAUUCAAAUGCGGUUUCAUUAAUAGCAGGGGGAUACAUGGAAGAUUCAACAGACCCAGUCUGACUAAGCAAACCAACAAAGCCAAAGGAGGGAAAGGGGGUCACAGUGCUAGUAGCAGAGGGUGCAGAGGAGGCACCGGAGAGAUGAGCAGCAAUCGCACCACUCCUGGCAGAGAAGGGCUGCUGCUAAGGAGGCACUGUUGCUCCUGCUGCUGCAACACCUGCUGCUGCACCCUCUGGUGCUGCUGAGGGAGCGAAGAGGUGAGGGCCUGAUGGGCCUGGGUAGAGGAGCUGGGCUGAUAGACGGGGGAGGUGUGCACCUCGUGGGAAGUGGGGCAGGGAGUGACAGAGGACCAGCGAGGAGGAGUGGGAGUUGCCACGGGCAACCACUGGUCACUGAGUGCCCUUGACGCACGUCUCACUGGCAUGAGCGAUCUGGCCGUAGUGCUGACCCAGCGGGUGGGGCCAUAGUGAGGCAGGUACUGACACGGGGGAAAGGCGGAUGUUGCGCCAUGCCCAACACGACCAUGAUGUUAGAAUAUUCUACCUUCAUUCUAUUAGCCUACAUUGUUACAUUGUCUUAGGUACUUAUCAGCACCCCACUAGGGCGUAUACACCCAAGUUGGGGGUUGGACUCCCAAUUAUUGGAAACCCCAAAUAAUCCCAACCAAGAUUAUUGGACCCACCAAUAAUCUUGGCUAGGAUUAUUGGACCCCCAAUAAGUUGGCCAACCCAACUUAUUAGGGUGACCAAUAAUCGUGGUCACCUCCCAACCAAACCCCCCCUCCUACUCCUCACCUCUGUAUACCCGCUCCUUUCCCAAUACAAUGACCUACUUUUUACUGUCACGAUUUCUCACACACGACCCACAGCCUCACCGCUUCCACCACCACGCCCACUCCUGCCGCUGCGAGUCUGAGCUACUGCCGCGGAGGAGGAGGGCUGGUGAAAGAGCUCGGCCUCGGUGUUGAUGCUCCACUGCACUGGGCAACCUUGGCGGGGGUGUGGUGCUGUGAGAUCAGCCGCAUGUAGGCGAGCUUGUGGGCAUCAAUGGCGGGCGAGACUCUUGAGGAGUUGGCAGCAGAGGUGCAUCGAGGUAAGCUACGUCAAACACGGCAAGACGACGGGCAAGAUCGAGGACGUGGCGGGUGAAUGCAGAGGCGCGAGUGGUGGAGUCCAUAGCGGCUAUGCUGGUGGUGUAGGUGCGCAGGUGGGUAGUGUAGGUGGUGAACUCCUCCUGGUACGCGACAUAGCGUGCGACUGCGAAGUCGUAGUCGGCCUUGGCGGCUUCGUAGAUCAGCCGCAGGCGGAGGUGCUUGAUGAGGCUGUUGCAGUAGAUGCGGAUGGCAAUCUUGGCGCCCUGAGCACAACUGCUUGAACACAACGGCUUUCACGUUGUAGCCGCCAACCACCACCGAGGAGAGGAGCACCUUGACCGACUGGGCUUUGGAGUGCCGGUUGGCGGCAGUGUUGUCGGGGAGGAGUUCGAGUGCGUCAACCGCGGCAAGGUUGACGGGCGAGUCGGAGGAUGCCAUGCCGGGGGAGGAGUGAGAAAGAGGAGGGGGAGGAAGGAGGGAGAAGGAGUGGGAGGAAGGAGGGAGAAGGAGUGGGAGGAAGGAGGAAGGAGGAAGGAGGAGGAAGAGGAGGUGAAAAGAGCAGGUGCGCAGAGCUCAGCUCUUAAGCCGAAGGCGCUGCACAAUGUGUAGCAUUUGAGGAUGCGGUGCAAUCGCGGGCGUGGGCACCGGCGAGAGGCGCAAGCUCGAACACGGCGGCGGCAGAUGCAAUGGCAGCGAGCAAUGGCGGACGCGGCGAGCGCGGCGACGGGGGACACACCUGGGAGGGCGCAUGACGGGAGUGCGAUGGAAGGAGGCGCGACGAAAGUGCGUGCGGCGGGAGGGCGCUCAAAAGGAUGGUUUAGGGUCGGGCGGACACAAUGGAAGGGUGGGACGGGAGGGUGCGCGACGGGAGGGCGCGAGGGAGGGCGCACAACGGGAGGACCCAAACCACUCUCUCACAUACCAACCCAUGCCUAAUUCGCCAACACCCAACCUAUCCCUCCCAAUCCAAACCUCAUCUCCUUAAUCCCUCUUUGCGCACCCAACCCUACUCGAUUUUCUGCCAACACCUAAUGCAGAUCUUGAAGUUUUUGGAGCAUGUGUCUCUCGAAGUUUUGAACUGUUGGAAUGCUUUUCCCCUAAGACCAGAAAUGCGAUUUUUAAAUUCAUCGCAUGCGAUUUUUAGAAACAUCGCACUGCAAAAACAAUGUGCGAAUAACAGUUUCAUCGCACGAUGCGAUUUUAAGUCGCAUUGCUUUUUUUUUUGUCGCCCCCAUACGCGAUGCGAUUUAAAUCGCAAUCGCGUUUUGAUCAUGUCUAGUGCCAACCAAAGGACCAGACCAAAUCCAAUGUUCAC